AUGUGGCGUCUCUCUGGAGCCAUUUGGUUACUGCUGUGGGCGCAGUGGCCCCCAGUUAGUGAAAGUGCGAAGCUUCCCAAGCGAGCCUAUCCCGCUGGCGUGGAUUUCUUUGAUCAUGAGUUCACCAGCGUGGCUACAGAUGAAUACGACACGUAUGGGCCGGAUAUUGGACACGAUGAGACGGGAAUUGAUGAUCCCGAGACUAUGCCGCGUCUCUUUCAGGGAGAUAUCGCAAUAGAUCCCUACACAUACAUAACGCUCCGCCUGGGCGUCAAUCCCAUGCGGCACCCGAAACGGUUGUGGCCGAACGGCACCAUUCCCUUCGAGAUAAGUCCGCGAUAUGUGCGUCAGGAGCGCGAGUCCAUUGUACGCGCCCUCAAGACCUUCAACUCCCUCACGUGCAUAAAGUUUGUGCCUCACGAUGGGGAAGUGGAGGAUUACCUGUUAAUAGAGCCCCCUGAGGAGGGUCCGCAGGGCUGCUGGUCCUAUGUGGGUAAGCGUGGGGGCGAGCAGGUGGUUUCUCUGCAGCGCCCGGACGAGACUAGCGCCCAUUGUUUUAGCAGCGAGGGUCGCAUUAUGCACGAGCUGAUGCACGCCAUCGGUAUCUAUCACGAACAGUCACGCGCAGAUCGCGACAACUUCGUUAAGAUCCAUUGGGAGAACAUUGUGCCGCGCUUCAGAAAGAACUUCAAGCUGAUUUCCCGGAAGCGGGGCAAAUACGCCUACGACUACGACUACAACUCUGUAAUGCACUAUGGAGAGUUUUACUUCAGCAAGAAGAAGGGGGACAAGCCCACCAUGACGCCCUUGCAGCCGGGCGUUCGAAUUGGUCAGCGGAAGACGAUUAGCAAAAUCGAUUGUCUGAAAAUCAAUGAACUCUAUGGCUGUUUGAAGGGACGCAGGGCCAAGAUGUACAAGAGUUUUUGUCACUUGUUGGGCUUGUAGGCUCUCCAGACUAUAUU